ACUACACUUGAAGAGACAAAAAUAUCACGACAAAAAUUUGAAUUAUGUGUCCAUAUCAUGGUGCUUAUUAUGAAAAUAUAUACUCUUCUUCUAUUUAAAAAUAUAUAACAAACAAAAUAAUUAUUUUGAGACGAUGAAACAUGUAGUUUACAACUAGAAGUGAUGAAGAUCAAUGGACCUUAUCUGUCUACUGCAUAUUUCUUAUUUCCCACUUUUUUCACUCCACUUUUUCCAGUUUAUUAAACUCAAUCAAUGAUAUAAGCUAAAUUUGAGGUUUCGAUGGUGGGACUCGUCAACACCACCAUAUAUUAUUGCAAAAACUAGCGAAGAAGUGUAAUCUUUUUGAAUAAAACAAAAGAAGGCAGCCCCUAACUUUACUUUGAUAAUCUAAUUAAUUUCUACAUACCCUUACACGUUUAAUCCAUUUGGCGACAUUUUUGAGAUAGGUCUGAUCACUAUCAUACAUACACAAAAAAAACAAACAAAAAGAACCGAAAACCAAAACUAUGCUUAAUUAAGACACAUUUACAUAGAUUUUAUCAAAUGGCACGCCUUAAAUUAGCUUAAUGCUCAAAGUAAGUAGCCUCAAAAUGAGAAAAAAUUCUCCUCUUUUCAAUCUCUAAAUAGCUCAGCAACUAAAUGGAAGCCAUGAUCAAAGGAGAUAGGCAGAUCAAGAACUUGGAAGGAGAUGAUAAUAAGGCUGCGAGGAGAAGGAAUAGUUUUACCUAUUUGAUCAUCUUUUUCAUCGUUCUCUUCACUAUUCUAAUAGUUUCCAUCAUCUCAAUUUUUGUAUUCAUCACGAAAGAUAUUAAAACUGUAUCAUACUCAUCAGCUUCACAGCCAGAUAAUCAACAAAUCAGAACCAGAACCAUUUCCAAGUUCUUUCUCCUUCUCCAGGCUGCUUUCAAGGAGCUCGACGAUGUCAUUUCAUCAAAAGAAAUGUCACUCUCCACUGUUAAAUACUCGAAGAACCCGAAAGGUCUAAAGUUAGUUCUUUUGCAAGAAUGUGACGGUUUGAUUCGGGAGUCGAUGAGACUGGUAAACUUAUCAUUAGAAAUAGUCCGCGGAGCUGAUCGUCAUCAUCGUCGCGGGGAUGAAAUAUUUAGAGUAACCAAAACGAGAGAUGAUUUGAAGGAAUUGAUGGCGAAUGCUACGGAAAAUAUGCGUCGGUGUUUGAAUCCAUUGAUGGAGGAUGUUGGUCUUCAAGGGUUGAGGAUGAAGAUGUUGAAGGCAACCAAGUAUUUGAAGAGUUGUUUAGAGAUCCUCGCAAUGAUGGACAGAAGAAGCAAUGGCAAGCUGAGUCAAACUCAUCUUUUUCAGGGUUUUGGUCGUUUUGAUUAUGAGGGUAUAUUUAAGGUUCUCUUGUAUGGCUCACCAUAUUACUUCUUUCUUCUUCUUCUUUAUUGGUUAAUCAAAUUGUUGAGAUAAUGAUGUUGAGAACUUUUUAUAGUUCUCCUGAUUUCAUGAGUUUGAAAUAAAAGAGUGAUUUAAGUUCGGCUCAAUCAUAUAUAUAUUGAGGGGGUCAGCAACAUUAUUGGGUCUUUAUGAUCACCGUUGAUUUGAAAGUUAG